GCAGGCGGUCGACGGUGCUUGUUUUUACCUCAGUGCUAUGGACUGAGGGAGGCCUCUGUGCUAACCUAAACAAACAACAGACGGCUUUCCACAGCCUCUUUAUCGGCUCGUAAUCGCAACCGUCGGGUUGUUUUGUUCGCAUGAAAAUGAAGUUGACCGCCUGUUGUCGGCGGCGGCGAGCUGUGACCCAUGGAUGUCGUUUCCGCCUUUCAGACAGCAGCCAAGCGGAUGCGCUUCUUCCCUCUGAUGCGGUCCCAUUUUAUGGAUUCUGAUAUGGACUAUGAGAGGCCAAAUGUCGAGACCAUCAAGUGUGUGGUUGUCGGGGACAACGCAGUGGGAAAGACCCGGCUCAUCUGCGCCCGAGCUUGCAACGCCACCCUGACCCAGUACCAGCUCCUUGCCACACAUGUUCCCACUGUCUGGGCCAUAGACCAAUACAGAGUGUGCCAGGAGGUUCUAGAGCGAUCUAGGGACGUGGUGGACGAUGUCAGUGUGUCCUUGCGACUCUGGGACACGUUCGGGGAUCAUCACAAGGACCGGCGUUUUGCUUACGGCCGGUCUGACGUGGUGGUGCUGUGUUUCUCAAUCGCGAACCCAAACUCGCUGCACCAUGUGAGGACCAUGUGGUACCCUGAAAUCAAACACUUCUGCCCCAGAGCUCCUGUCAUCCUUGUGGGCUGCCAGCUGGACCUGAGAUACGCCGACCUCGAGGCAGUGAACAGAGCACGGCGACCACUGGCCAGGCCCAUCAAAUCCAACGAGAUUUUGCCACCAGAGAAGGGCCGUGAAGUAGCAAAAGAGCUCGGGGUCCCUUAUUACGAGACCAGUGUGGUCGCCCAGUUUGGUAUCAAGGACGUAUUUGACAACGCUAUCCGUGCCGCCCUGAUAUCACGCCGUCACCUGCAGUUCUGGAAGUCGCACUUGCGUAAUGUCCAGCGGCCUCUGCUCCAAGCCCCGUUCCUUCCUCCCAAACCUCCUCCACCCAUCAUCACAGUGCCACCUCCCCCUAGCAGCAUGGAAGAGCACCCAGGGCGUCUGUUGGAGGACCCUCUGUGCGCCGACGUCGUUCUCGUGCUCCAGGAGAGCCAAAGAAUCUUUGCUCACCGUGUCUACCUCGCCACAGCCUCAUCCAAAUUCUACGACCUUUUCCUGGUCGACCAUCGCACUCCUGAGGAGAAAAAAGAGAAAGAGCGAACCCGGGUGCCUCUUUCUGGCCGCGAGCUGCUGAUGCGAGCAGCCAGCUUUGAUGUUUGUGAGAGCAGCGACGAAAGGGAGCGAGCAAACUUGCGCGCCUGUACCAGCGACGGGACGCUUAGAGGAGGCGACGGAGGACGUCUGCUCCCCGCGUUCAGCCGAGCCUUCCUCAGCGUGCAGGAGGAAAUUGUGGAUGAUCCCCUGACUUUUCACUCCAGGCCAAUGACUGUGGUGCACAUGGACCCGUCCAUGCAGCUGGGACCGUUCCGGGCUGUUUUGCGCUAUCUCUAUACAGGGAAGCUGGACGAGCAUGAGAAGGAACUGAUGCAGGUGGCUCACAUCGCUGAGCUGCUGGAGGUUUUUGAUCUCCGCAUGAUGGUGGCCAACAUCCUGAAUGAUGAAGCUUUCAUGAACCAGGAGAUCACCAAGGCCUUCCAUGUGAGGCGAACCAACCGGAUCAAGGAGUGCCUAGCUAAGGGGACCUUCUCUGAUGUGAUGUUCAAGCUGGACGACGGUACUAUAAUGGCCCAUAAGCCUUUGCUCAUUUCAAGCUGCGACUGGAUGGCAGCUAUGUUUGGAGGACCGUUCGUGGAGAGCUGUACUAAAGAGGUUCUGUUUCCAAACACAACCCGGAGCUGCAUGCGUGCGGUGCUGGAGUAUCUUUACACGGGCCGGUUCUGUUCUCGGCCAGACCUAGACGCCAUGGAGCUCAUUGUUCUUGCAAACCGUCUCUGUCUGCCUCACCUGGUUGCACUGACAGAGCUGUACACUGUGACUGUGCUCAUGGAGGCUGCUAUGAUGGGGGCUGAUAUCGAUGGAGAAGUACUGGUUUAUCUGGAAAUGGCUCAGUUCCAUGGUGCCCAGCAGUUAGCUGGAUGGUGCCUCCACCACAUCUGCACUAAUUACAACAGCGUCUGCCGCAAGUUCCCUCGUGACAUGAAGGCUAAAUCCGCAGAGAACCAGAAAUACUUCGAGAAGCAUCGCUGGCCUCCAGUGUGGUACCUCAAGGAAGAUGAUCAUUACCAGCGAACACGCAAAGAGCGGGAGAAAGAGGACUACCUGUACCAGAAACGGCAGUGUAAACGCAAAUGGCUCUUCUGGAAUCUUCCGUCCUCGCCCUCGUCCAACUCUCCGUCCUCUCCUGGGUCCUCCGCCGUCAUGUGAUUAGUCAAGGGUGGAGGACGGAUUGAACUGACGUUAAACGGAAAUGCACACAUCAGCAGUGACAGCCAUUUUAAACGAAAAAAAUAAACAGGCGAGAACUUCUACUAAACUACUAAGCAGGAAUCAAAACAUUUAAAAAAAAAAAAACAAAACAAAACAAGAGGGUGAGCCAGAGACUGUAAACCUUUUUUUUGUUUGGGUUUUGGGAUGAGACCCAGCAGAUUAAAACAAGGUUCUCAGUGUGAAAAAUCAAACAUCAAUGUUCAUCAAAAUACUUUUCUGCUGUGAAACCAUUUGAAAACAACCCAGUAAAAUGGCAGAUCUUGUUUUUACAGUAGGAUUAAGAGUGGGAUUUUUUUCCUCUUCACACUCAGUCUACCGGAUAAAUCACCAGUUCCACGGUGAUGUGCUGCAUGGACGAACAUACAGAUUGUUACACCGGACUUUUCCCAGUGGUACAACCGAGUGGUCUGGGAUAAAAAAGCGUAUUGCUGAAGGUCAAAAGUACCCAAAUGGCCCUGAUGUGACUUUAACAGCGAACUGUUUCGCAUUUUUUCUGGGGUCUUUUUUUUUUUUUUUUUUAAACGAUAAUCAUUUAGAAAAGGGCUCAAAUUUUUCCUCCUCUUGCUUGGACUCUGUCUCUCUCUCUCUUUCUCUCUCUCUUGCUGAUGGAGGUUGAUGACGAUAAUAGCAUUGCGCGCAGCACACCCGUUAAUCAGAACGCUAAUGGAAAUAGAAAAAAAGAAUACUCUGAAUACUCGCUGUUGUUUAUCGCUAAACUCAAGACCUCAAAGAUUCAGACUUAUUGUUGUCUCAACAAAAAAUGUGGGCACUCAGUAGAGUCUUAACCUCAACUCACGAAUGCUUUACUUUCAGAAUGCUUACCCGCUUUCUUGAGAGAUGUCCCUCUGCACAAGUUUAGUCCCUACUAUAUGGCAUCGUUUGGAUGCUCCUGAGAACCACUACGUCGUUACGGUGUCCAGCUAUCGUAUGAACUAAACUCUGCAGGGUGGAAGAUCUCUGUCGCUUACUAUUUCGUGAAUACUGCACGUCACAAUCGCUCUCAGAUUGAUAACUUAAGAUAUUCCAAUCUAUUUACACAGUAGGCUCAUGGGCAGGCCCAUGACUAGGCCAUUUUUUUAUUAGAAUGUAUUUGCAAACAGUGUUCCUGUCUAUUGUAGAGAGCACAUAAUGUUAACGUCUCGGUCGUUUAAAGUACGAAUUAAAGUAUUAGAGCUUUGACGUAACUGUAGAGUGUAGAAUAAUAAUAAACGAUUCAAGCAACAAAAAAACAAAAACAAAA